AUGAACAGAUACGAUCGUGCUAUCACUAUCUUCUCCCCUGAUGGACACUUGUUCCAAGUGGAAUAUGCCCAGGAAGCUGUCAAGAAGGGUUCGACUGCGGUCGGUGUUCGCGGAAAGGAUUGCAUUGUUAUCGGUGUUGAGAAGAAGUCAAUUCCAGCUCUUCAAGAUGACCGCACAAUCCGUAAAAUUCAUAUGAUCGACGACCAUGUGAUGCUCGCUUUUGCUGGAUUGUCCGCAGAUGCUCGUGUUCUUGUUGAUCGUGCUCGUAUCGAGUGCCAGUCGUACAAGUUGACUCUUGAAGAUCCAGUUACCGUUGCCUAUAUCUCCAGAUAUAUUGCAAACACGAAGCAGCGCUUCACACAAUCUCCAGGACGUCGCCCAUUCGGAAUUUCAAUGCUCAUUGGAGGAUUCGAUCAUGACGGAACUCCACGUCUUUUCAAAACCGAGCCAUCUGGAGCUUACUACGAGUACGUUGCCAACGCGACUGGAAGAGGAGAGAAACCAGUGCGUGAAUACCUUGAGGAGCAAUACAGCGAGGAAAAUACUGUCGACGAAGCUACCACUCUUAAAUUGGUUGUAAAGUCGCUGGCUCAGGUCGUACCACCAGGAUCACAAAAUAUCGAGAUUGCAGUCAUGAAAAAAGUUAAUGAUGAGCUGCAGCAACGUGUAUUGUCAACUGAAGAAAUCGAGGCUCUCCUGAAGGUUGUUGAGACAGAACGUGUGGCUGCUGAGGCUGAAGAGGCUGCAUCCAAGAAGAAGUAGAUUCGAACUUUUGUCUUCUGUCCAUUAUCCGUGUGUAUUGAUUUCCCAGUUAUCUGCUCCCCUUUUCAAAACCUAAUUUAUUUUAUUCAUCUUUAUUGACGGGAAUGAAAAAGUUUUCCCU